AUGGGCCGCCCCACCUCUUCCACGCUCCCCGAAAGCGCACCUCAGGACAGUUUGACUGUUCGUGACAACCGCACAGGCAAGGUCUAUACCGUACCGAUUACGGACAAUGCUAUCUCUGCCACCUCUUUCAAGUCAAUGGUCGCACCUUCCAAGGCUGGUGAGAGGGAGGAGAACGAGACGGAGAAGGGCCUCCGUGUACAGGACAAGGGUUUCCUCAACACUGCGGUCAUCCGGAGUGAGAUCACAUACAUUGACGGCGAUGCUGGUGUUCUCCGCUAUAGAGGCUACCCUAUCGAGCAGCUCGCAUUGAAGUCUUCCCAUCUUGAGACAGCAUAUCUGCUCAUCUACGGCAAUCUGCCCACACGCGAGCAGUUCAAGUUCUUCGAGAGCGAAGUCCUCCGCCACUCUGUCAUGCACUCGGAUGCGGAAGGCUUCUUCAGAUCCUUCCGCUAUGAUGCUCACCCCAUGAGUAUGCUCACGAGCGCGUUCGCCAUGCUCGGCUCUUACUAUCCCGAAGCCAACCCAUCGCUGCGAGGGCAACGCCUGUAUACGCAGGGCGACGCGUCUUCGCUGGCCAACAUGGACAGGCAGAUUUACCGUCUCAUCGGCAAGGCAACUACACUUGCCGCGAUGGCGUAUCGUGUACGUCAAGGACGUAACUUCGUCACGUCUCCGACGGGGUUGAGCUACACAGGCUCCUUCAUGUACCAGAUGGACCAUUUAGGAGAAGAGAAUUACGUCCCUAACCCUGUUCUCGAGAAAGCGCUGGAUGUGCUCUUCUUGAUUCACGCGGACCACGAGUUGAACGCGUCUUGCACGACGGUCCUGCAGACUGGCAGUUCGCUCGUCGACCCUUACUCUGCAAUCGCAGCGGGAUGCGCUUCACUAUACGGGCCUCUACACGGUGGCGCCAACGAGGCCGUAAUCCGCAUGCUCAUCUCCAUAGGAAGUCCGAAGAACGUUCCUGCGUUCAUUGAAGCAGUCAAGAGGCGCGAGAAGACUUUAUCUGGAUUCGGCCACCGUGUUUACAAGACCUCAGACCCGCGCUCUUUUAUCGUCCGGAAAACCGCCGACGAAGUCUUCAAAGUCACCGGCAAGGAUGAACUCUUGGAGACCGCAAUGGCUCUCCAUGACGCCGCGAUGAAAGAUGAAUACUUCAUCAAACGCAAACUUGCCCCAAACGUGGACUUCUGCGGACUCAUCUACCGUGCGAUGGGCUUCCCUAUGGACUUUUUCCCGGUGCUCUUCGUGGUUCCGCGCGUCGUCGGAUGGCUUGCACAUUGGCGCCAGAUGAUGCUGCAGGAAGGUGGCGUGAAGAUCUGGCGUCCCAGACAGGUGUACGUUGGCGCGGCGAAACGGAACUACGUUGCCGUUGAUGAGCGGACCGAGGUGGCGGGGCUGAGGGAGACGCCGUCGCAGGUAGAACACGGAGGCAUAACGAAGCGGACGAUGCUGGCCACGUUCAAGGGGAAGAGCAAGCUGUAG